ACCCAGUGCGCCCCUGGCUUCGGAGUGGGCUUUGGCACCCCUGUGGUCCUGCACUGCAUUCUCCUCCUUGCAUCUGGCAGCUUCCUGCCCUGCUGGGUCCCCUCAUGCCUCCACCCAGGGCAGCAUGUGGCCGCCUACCUCUAGGCCUCCUGCCAUGGCCAGGCCAGCUCCAAGCAGCACAGAGCCAAGCUGUCCCUCAGUAGUUAAUGUGGUAGCCAGUGGAGCAAGAGUCCUGGGUGGGCCUCACUGCAAUUCCUGUGCUCCAGGUGGGCAGCAGCCACCUGGUGGGCCCAGCAGCUGGUGUCCUGUCCUGGCUCUGCCCUGUGUGCCUGGUGCUGCCACAAGCACCCACCUCAGGGAGCAGGGUCACCCCAGUACCCUCAGCCCCUUGCUAAGGGGACAGCCCUCACCAGACAAGGCAGCCAGGCUGGCCAUUUUUGGUUGAGCCAAUGAAUAAAAUAAGCCCCUAAAUAAAGCCCAGUAAUGAAUGCGUAAUUUUCCAUUGAUAGCUGGAUUCCGCAGGGAUGUGGUGCUUCUAUCUCAGCUACUAUUUUUUGUCAUACAGUGAUGCAUCUGCAAAGAUAAUUGCACCUUUCCCUCAAUAGAAGGGCAGGAAAAGGCAGUGAGAGCCCCAGCUCUCUUCUUUUGCUGCUGGAGAACAAGCCCAUGUGGUUCUCUGGCUGCCACUGGCACUGCCUGGCCCAGCAGACCUGGGGAUGCUGCCCUGAAGGAAUGAAGGGCUAGGAGGAGGUUUGUUUCAGAGUUUAGCCACUUUGGUUGAGGGCAGUGUGUGGUGCUCAUGGCCGAAUGUGGCUCUGUGACCCCCACAGCUGGGUUGUAGGGCGGCUGCUUCUUCAGCCUGUGUAAUGAUGGGGAGGCUGAGCCGUUUUGGGAAGGUUUAGAAGCUACAGAAGAAUGGCUGCAGAGGGAUGUGGCCUCCUUGCUCUCCCACAGCCUUGGGGAUCUCGACAACCAACCGUCUCUCCACUUGUCUCAAAUGUGCCAGCAACAGACACUCCUCGGCUUGGUUUUCCAGGGUGUCCUGGCACAACCCCCUUCCCACAGAAGGACUCUCUCCUUCCCAGCUUCCAGCAGGUGGUAGCACACUGCCAGCUCCACUAGCUACACAUCCCAGCACCUGCCACCCUGCUCCCCUCUGUGCCCUGCAGGCACUAGCCUCGAGUCGCGAGGGCAGAGCUCGCCCAGCUCCAGCGCUCUUUGUUAUCUCAAGGGAGCUCAACCAUUUCUGCACCUUGUUUACCCACCGGUUUGCAGGGUGGAGGAAAAGCAAACAUAGACCUUUUGUUCACCAGCCACCCUUCCGUGAGCCUCCUCCUGCGGACUCCAUCUGCCCUCUCCCCCCCCAACAGGAGCCGGCUCAGCACCCUGCAAGUGCAGAGCCCAGGGUCUAGCCAGGACACCACGGUCCCCCUUCCCCGCUCCUGUCCCUGAAACAUCCCAGCCCUCGAUCUGGCUGGGCUCGGCUGGAUGCUUCCUUUUACGAGCUCCAAGUGGGAAUGCAGAGGGAGCUGAGACCUCCCGCAGCAGCCCCUGCGGAAGGCGCUCAUCGCUCCAGGCUCUCCUUCCUGGCCAUCAUUCCCAGCCCUGCACCGCUGUGGAAUGAUGGUGCUUCCCGGCGGCCUGACGGCAUCCAGAGGGGAGCAGCCAGGAAGGAACAGCUGCUGACCCCUUCCGUGCCACUGUCCCGCUCGGUGCAUCCCUGUCCCCAAGGCUGUAAAUCCCCGCGGGACUGGGGCCGAUCACCUGGUUGAGUCUCCCAUCCGCGCUUCAGCAUCGGGACUUGCAGUGAUGCUCCGUGGACCCUCCUGACGUCUUGCCCCAGUGUCCCCAGCUACCACCGCAUUCCACCAGGGGCCAGUGGGCUCUGUGACACAGGGGGUUGUGACCUGUGGCUCCUCCAGCGCGAUAUUAAGCCACUCAAUGCUCUCGGCAAUCCCUCAGCCCUGAGCCGCUGCUGGUUUCCUUCAGUGCUUUGAGCCCAAGAGCUCGGAGCGGGAAACGGCUGCUCCCAGAGGAGAACGACGGCCUCGGCCCCGGUCCCGGACCGAGGGCGCCGUGGGGAAGCACCGAACUGCCGCCGUCCCGAUUCCGCUCCUGGUCCCAUUCCAACCCCGACACUCCCAUGGGCGGACGGCCAGGUGUGCCGGGGUCGGGGGACAUCAGCAUCCCGGGGCUCGGUCCCGGUCCCGGGCUCUGUCCAGCCAGGAGAGGCGCGCGAAAAUGUGGAGGCGCCGCACUCGGAGGAUUACGGCGGCGGUGCGGACGGGGAGCGGAGCCUCCGCUGCCGCUGCCGCCGUAUAAAAGCGCGUCCGCGCCCGCCCCGCCCGGGCUGCGGUGGUGGCGGCGGCUCCGCUCCAGGUGCGGCGGUUCGCGGCAGCGUUUCGCUCGCGACGGCGCCCGUCGGUCGGUCGGUCGGUCGGUCGGUCAGGCGUCGCGUCGCGUCGCUUCGCUUCUGCCCCGUCCUAUCGGAUCGUUCGGCACCGCCGGGUCCCCGUUCCCCGGGUCUCCGACCCCUGCUCUGAGCGGCCGGUUUCUUCCCACUCCUUCCCGGGUUGGCGGGUUUCCCUGUUCCUGGACGCGGUCAGUUACUUCCCGUCCUUGUCCCGUCCCCCCGGGCUGCCGGGUCCGGCUCUCUCGCUGCCGCUGCUCGCUGCCGGGGCUGCCGGCUCCAUCCUACCCCUGCCCCGGUGACAGCGUUGCCCCUCGGGUCUCUUGCAGCCCCACACCCGGCAGCAAGAUGUGGCUCCUGGAGCGGCUGCGGGGGGUGGCGGAGAAUGGUGGAUCUCGGGGAGCGGGGCCGGAGGAAUCCCCGCGGGGGUCCCGCUACAGCAACGUCCUCACCCCCGACAAGAUCCCCGACUUCUUCAUCCCGCCCAAGCUGAGCGCGGCGCCCGCGGAGGCCGAGGGCUCCGAACUCCCCGCAGCGGCUGCCCUGGGCCCUUCAGUCUCAGAGCAGGACCUGGCCGGGCGCAAGCCCCCGCGCAGUCCUCGCCCGUCCAGCCGGUCCCGGUCCCGGGCCGCCGGCCGGCACAUCAUCCAGAUAGAGACCGCCGAGGACUGGACGGCUGAGGGGAGCUGCGGCACAAACGUAGACCCGCAGGCACAGACGGCCAUGUCUCUGCCCUAUGUGCCCAAGGCACAGACCUCCUAUGGCUUUGCCACGCUGAUGGAGAGCCCCCACACCCGGCGCAAAGAGUCACUCUUCCACAGCGAGCACAGCAGCCUCUGCCCCUCGCCCGUCACUUCGCCCAGUGCCCAGCGCAGAGCCAAGCUCAACGGUGAGAGCAGCCCCCGGGCACCUGCUGACCUCGGCGCAGCCCUCAUGCACCCUGGCCGCUACUUCAGCGGCGGUGAGAGCGACACGUGCUCCUCAGCCGAAUCCUCGCCCUUUGGCUCCCCACUGCUCUCCCGCUCUGUCUCCCUGCUGAAGCUUUUCAGCCAGGAGAGCCAGUCCAAGGUCAUCAAGCUGAAGCACUCGGUGGCCCGCAACAGCUCACUGUCUACCGACGACAGCUCAGCCGACACCAGCCCCAGUGCUCAGCGUCGUGCCAGGAGUGCCCCGGCUGGGGCGCAGCCGCCCACAGCCCUGCUUCCCCUGGACCUGCCACCGGGCCGUGACCGGGAGCACAGCCUGCGGCUGAGCCAGGGUGGGAGCCUGCGCCUGGCUGCGGAGUACGACCCCUCCAAUGCCCGGCUGCGUGUGCGCCUUGUCUCUGCCGAGGACCUCUACGAUGCCCUCAUCGACCUGCGCAGCAUCAACUGCUGCGUCUCGCUGUGCCUCAACCCUGGGAAGCUGCAGAAGCAGCGCAGCACCAUUGUCAAGAACAGCCGCAACCCCAUCUUCAACGAGGACUUCUUCUUCGAUGGGCUGGGCCCCGGCCACGCCAGGAAGAUGUCCCUGAAGCUCAAGGUGGUCAACAAGGGCGGCAGCCUUAAGCGGGACACGCUGCUGGGGGAGAAGGAGCUGCCUCUCACCGCCCUCCUGUCCUGCCUGUAGGUGCCUGCUGCCAGCCCUGGAGGGAGCCCAUCCACCUGUGCGGCUGGGGUGAGGGAGGGUAGGCUUUCUCUGUCCCCCAGCCCUGCUAGAGGAGGGUUUGGAAGGGCCCCCUGAGGAGGGACAGGGUUGUGGUAGAGCAUGGGGAUCCCCAGAAACAAUGCUGCUGUGGUGCUCUGCCAGCACCAGCCCUCCUGUGAAAGGGCAGGCAGGGCUGGCAGCCACAGCCUCUACCCCAGCUCCCUCCCUGCUCCUGCCUGGGGCUGCAUCUCCUGGAGCCCAGCAGGAAGUGGGGAGCCUCUAGUCCAGUCCCCACCAGGAACAAUGGAAACACCUGGUGGCCUCUUCUCUCCCUGUGCCUGUGGUCUCCACCUGGCUGCCACAUAAGUUGGACUUGGGUAGAUCUCUGUAGCACACUUAUUGCCACCUCCCAGAGCUCCAGCUCCUGGAGUCAGGUGACAGCAUCAAUCUCAGCUUUAAUUCAAAAGACAAGUUUCUAGUCUUGGAAUCUGAAAAGAAAAUACUGCAGAGGUGACAUGAGAAUGGGGGAGAAGUCAGGUUUGUGGCUUUUGAGCCUUUCCUGGAAUCUUCCUAGCCCUGCAGGGCUGCAGAGAUGCACAAGUCAGCUUGGUCUGACACCUGCAUCCUCCUGGGCCACCCUCACUGCCCAUCCCAGCAUUGUCCACCACCUGGAUAACUAGCCUGAGACAGUGGGAGCGGGGAGGAUGCCAGCUGGGGCAUUUUUGUGGAUAGAUAAAAUCCGCCGUGUUGUUGUUUGGUGUGGUGUCACCCAUCGUGUCGGACUCGUGCAUGUUUCUGUGCAGGGAGCAGGAUUCACAACGCUCCCAUCCCCGCCUGUUGCAACAUGCAUGGACACACAUGCACACACGUGUCCCUCUGUGUUAACCUCUGUUUUGGCAGUCAAUGUUCCUUCCUUAUCCUUUGCAGCAGAUGGCAGAUCUUGGUGUUGGCUAUUUAUAUCUGAGGCUGAUCUUUUGCAGUGUUUUACUUUCGUCUGUAAAUACGUUUCAGGUAUGCGAGGCAUGGUUCUGAUCGUGCUGUGUUUGCAUGUCAGGGGAAUUUGGGAUUUUGGGUGAUUGUGGCUGUUUGUUGAGCUUGUUGCUGAAAACAAACCAUGCAGGACAUAAGGAGCAGACGUGUCCCUUCUUCACAGGGCGUUUCCCACCUGAGCCUUCCCAACACUCUCCAAGAUGAUCCUUGAUCCCCAGGUACCCAGGCUCAUCCUCAGGGUAGAUGGGGACUCUGAGGAAGGCGGGACAGGGAGAUAGGCCACAUCCCUGGGUGCAGGGUGAACAUCCUGCCCCUGAGGUGAUCUAGGGCAGGAAGGGAAUCCUGCCCAGCUGGCUGCUGCCUGACAGCCCCCUGCACACCCCACCAGUAGCUUGUGCUCCAUGGGGUGCUGUGCCUGUGAGGGGUUGGGGGGACCUGGGUGCUGCUGGGGGCGGAGUGGACCCAGCAGGCUGAGAGGGGAGGCGGAGUGAGAGCUGGGCAAAAAUUCUGGUGCUCUGAGAGGUUUAAGGGGUGACACAUCCCCCACAGAAGAGUUGUGUGCCUUUGGGUUUGGGGAAGGGGGAUGCUGAGAGCAGAGCCGGGGGAUGCUGAGAGCAGAGCCCUGGGAUGCUCCUUGUGUUGGGGCUGGCCCUGGAGGGACACUCAAGGACCUGGGGGCUGUUGUCCUACCCCACCCCAUCUUGUCCCAAGGCUGUCUCUCCAGAGUCAGGUGUGUGGCCAUGCAAUGAGCCCUGGGAUGUGGUGCUGUGAGCCCUGCUCCAUGCUAGGCUGGUGGUGUGGGAGCCAGUGAAUCCGAAAAAUCUGAUAAAAGAACUGCCCAGAACUCUUUUAGGCCUUGCUCUUGUUUCACAAGGGCUGUUGCCUGGACGGGUCUCUCCUCUGCUGGAGCUAUUUUCUAUUGUUCCUGCUUUGAUAAUUUUGUGUCUGAAUUUAAUGAUGCUUUUUUGGAGUGAAAAAUAUAUUAAUAAUACCUGAAUGGAAUGUUUCUUUACAGAUGAUUUCCUCUUUUUAGUGCAAUAAAGUCAUUUCUAAAGCAGAUAUAA